AUGCAGAAGAUUCUAAUUGAUGAGCUUCUACUAGGACUUGGCCUUGCUAUUGCCCAAGCCCUUGCGAUCCAAGUUCCAGAAUCCAUCCUUUACCUGGGCAGUAGAUCUAGGGAUGCUGGUUCUCAAGCGUUACAGGAGGUUCGCUUACAGGGGAUUACCUCUGAUAUUGAGGUCAUUGAAAUAGAUGUUAAUCAGGAUCGGAGCAUCGUGUCAGCUGUUGAAAUCCUAAGUCAAAAACAUGGGAAAAUUGACGUUUUGAUUAAUAACGCUGCUCUCGCCGGUGACCCAAAGUCCGAUUUGACCGACUUUCGUGAUGUUUAUACGGCAAUACUGGAUACCAACAUCACUUCCGUUGGCUGUGUUACUUCUUUUUUCAUACCUUUGUUGAGCGCUUCGUCUGACCCGCGUGUGAUUAAUGUAUCUUCUGCCCGAGCGUCGGUAACUCUUCAGACAUCUGGAAAACUCCCUCCGACAGCGUCCAUCCCAUAUUCGAUAUCAAAGACUGGAGUCAACAUUCUCACAUUGGAAAUGGCAAAGGUCUACAAAAAUGUCUGCUUCUACUGUGCCUCGCCAGGUCAUUGCCGCACGGCUUUGAAUAAUUAUAGGGGCAAGAAAAACCCUAUUGAUGGCGCCAAAGUUAUUGUUGAAUUGGCGGUCAGCAGGAAGGGCCAAUAUGACCCGGGGUUCUGGGAGCUUGAAAACGGCAUGAUGUCACAAAUUGCCUGGUAA